GUCCAUACAUGCUCCAGUCAAGUGGUGGCGCUGUGACUCAGUCAGCCGACCGGAAAGACCGGAAACCGGAAAGAAGAGGCAACGGCACUUUAUAUGAAGGCACCGACAAGCACGAGAUUUUCUAACAAAAAGUGAUGGAGGAGCCUGGUUUUGAUGAUAUUUUAGACGACUGGUUCAUCGAAUCGCUGAAAACGUACAAAGACCUUCAUGUGUAUCAGCUGGAGUUUCCCACCAGAGUUAUUGAGUGGACGUCAGGGAAAACUAUCUGUGUUGCAGGCUACAGGCCGGACAAAAAUGAGCUCUUGGAACUUUGUUUGCCUCUAAAAGUUUUGGCUGCAGAGAAGAAGGGUCUGUGUGCUGAGCGGGACUUCAAGGUUGUCAAUGGAGGUUUCAGUCAUGGUGCCGUCAAUGACCUCAAACACGUGCCUGGAACAAGGUUGGCCGUCACCAAUGAUGGUUUGACCUCUGACCUGCAGGUGUGGCACCUGGGAGGGGACGACAGCGACGUCAUCACCAGGACGGCCAGCGUGACGGGCACACGGAGCGCCCGUGGAGGAGGGGCCAAGAUGGCGGCUGUGCACUCGUCAGAACCCGAGGUUCUUCAUGGAGUUCAGAGCGGCGAUGUCCGGCUGACGCGUCUGUCGACGGGACACGACAUCUAUGAGCUAGCAUCAGAGUGUGCAGACCUCCUGACGUCGCUACACUUCCUGAGUGAGGCGGUCUUCCUGGCGGCAUGCACCAACGGGAACUUUCACACCGUCGACACUCGCACACCAUCGCCCCCGCAGCUCGUGUCCUCCAUGGAUCCUGCCUCGCUCUGGUGGAUGGACGUCUCGACGGGAGUAUCCGACUGCAGGCUUGUCCGAGUGUCCUCGACGGGGCGAGCGGUGCUUUCGGACCUAAGGAACCCCGCGGGCGCAGUGAGUCAGGCUCAGCUGCCGGUUGGAACGCGACGUCAACAACACCCAGGGAUGGGUGAUGUCACCGUGAGGUGGGCGCCGACGCUGCAGGACGCUAUCUCUGUGUCAGGUUUCAGCGGCGACGUCCAGAUCUACAGCACCACCGCCUGGGGGCCCGAGCCAACAGCGGCCGUGCCGCUCUUCGAGCAUCGAGGUCACACGGUGUCCUCGCAGGCGGCGGACGGCGACGCUCCCGCCGCCGUGGUCACCGCUCACGUCUGGCACCCAAAGCAGGCCAGGACGCUUCUGUCGGCCGCCUCCGAUGGGUCUCUGCACGUGUGGGACUGGAACCAGCAAUCAGACAGCUGAUGACGUACGCCGCACUGCUCUUCGGGUACGCAUCUUGUCCACUUCAGUGGGAUUGUCCCCCUGUGUGGCGGCGCCAUCAUAGCGUGACGCGCUCCUCUAAAAUAAAAGUAACGCUGCAGACCGCGGAGUCUGAUUAGUUGCCUCGUAUGACACCACUUCAUGUUUGUGCGGCUCGCUCACUCUGAUUGGCUCAACAUAUGACCCUCAAUACAACAAGACUGAUGGGUUCAAUCCUGACAGAGCCACAAAAGAAGGCAUGGCUAAAGUGCAUAGUGCCAUAGUACAAAUAUAAAGCACCUGUGUGAAGUUGUCAGAACCUCCCUAAAUGCAUCCGUUUGUUUGUGAUGCCACAUUUUUAAUUUUUUGGUCUAUUAUUGUAUUUAUGCUGACCUUUUAUGUUCUUAAAGGCCUACUGAAAUUACAUUUUCCUUUUUAAACGGGGAUAGCAGGUCCAUUCUAUGUGUCAUACUUGAUCAUUUUGCAAUAUUGCCAUAUUUUUGCUGAAAGGAUUUAGUAGAGAACAUCCACGAUCAAGUUUGCAACUUUUGGUGCUGAUAAAAAAGCCUUACCUGUACCGGAAGUCGCAGACGAUGACGUCACAAGGGUGAGGGCUCCUCACGUCCUCACAUUGUUUAUAAUGGGAGCCCCCAGCAACAAGAGCUAUUUGGACCGAGAAAACGACAAUUUCCCCAUUAAUUUGAGCGAGGAUGAAAGAUUCGUGGAUGAUGAUGAUAUUGAUAAAGGACUACAAAAAAAAAAAUAAUAAAAUAAAAAGCCACGGCUUCGGGCAGUGUGUGUUUCAGAUGUAAUAAGACACAUUUACUAGGAUAAUUCUGGAAGAUUCCUUAUCUGCUUAUUGUUUAAAUGGUGUUUUAGUGAGAUUGUAAAGAAUGUAAAGACAUACCUCGAGGUCGGAUGGUUGUGGUGAACACGCAGUGUCUCAGAGAGAAGCCAAGCUCACAGCUGCCUUUUAAAUAGUUACUGCAGGGGGACGAAUAAUCCAAUGAUGUCUCCGGUAAGAUAUAUAUCACAAUUUUCCCAUCCAAAAACAUGCUGGUUGACGUAGAGAAACAUGUUGGCUUGACCGCUCUGUGUUAAAAACAAAGAAACACCGGCUGUGUCUCAGUGCUAAAGACAGCUGCAAUAACCGCUUUCCACCAACAGCAUUCUUCUUUAUAGUCUCCAUUAUUAAUUGAAAAAAUUGCAAACGAUUCAGCAACACAGAUGUCCAAAAUACUAUAUAAUUAUGUGAUGCAAAGAGUACUUUUAUCCGUAACUGGUGCUGAGCUGAUAUUUCCUGACAGUCCGUGACGUCACGCGCACGCAUCAUCAUUCGGCGAUGUUUUCAACAAGAAACUCUGCGGGAAAUUUAAAAUUGCAAUUUAGUAAACUAAAAAAGCCGUAUUGGCAUGUGUUGUAAUGUUAAUAUUUCAUCAUUGAUAUAUAAAGUAUCAGACUGCGUGGUGGGUAGUAGUGGGUUUCAGUAGGCCUUUAACGAGUUGAAAUCUACAACCAUUAGUAGAUGGCACAGUUCAGUACAUAUUCCGUACAAUUGAGCACUAAAUGGUAACACCCCAAUAAGUUUUGCAGCUUGUCUAAGUCGGGGUCCACGCUAAUCAAUUCAUGGUAAGUACCAAGUUCUGACUGUAAUGCAUAUGCAUGCAAAAUUAGCUAAAAAAAAAAAUGGUAGCAUGCUAACAUUUAGCAUGUGUUGAGUAGGCGUUUGGCUUCAAAAUUCUCGCCUAGUGGCCAAUACUACUAAAGUGUUGACAUUUUUAGUUGAUUUAUCUAUUUGUAUGCGUAAAAAUGUUACGUUUACGGCAGAAUUACAGAGAUUAUUCUUUGAAAUACGCAAACUGAACUUAAAUGCUAACGUUAGCAUGCUAACAGCUGAAAUGCACCAUUGAUUGAGACUUUUAUUAGUAGAUUGCACAGUUCAGUACAUAUUCUGUACAAUUGACCACUAAAUGGUAACACCCGAAUAGGUUUUUCAGCUUGUUUUAAUUGUCCCAUUUCUACUUAUUGUAUAUUAUUUGUUAUUGUUUUAUUAUUCACCAGCAGCCCCUGCCCAGUCGAUUUUGGACUAAUUUAAAGGCCUACUGAAACCCAGUACUACCGACCACGCAGUCUGAUAGUUUAUAUAUCAAUGAUGAAAUAUUAACAUUGCAACACAUGCCAAUACAGCCUUUUUAGUUUACUACAUUGCAAUUUUAAAUUUCGCGCGAAGUAUCCUGUUGAAAACGUUGCAGAAUGAUGACGCGUGCAUGUGACGUCUCAGAUUGUAGCGGACAUUUUUUUCCAGCCCCAUCCAAGCUAUAAGUAGUCGGCUUUAAUCGCACAAUUACACAGUAUUCUGGACAUCUGUGUUGUUAAAUCUUUUGCAAUUUGUUCAAUUAAUAAUAGAGACGUCAACGAAGAAAGAUGUAGGUGGGAAGCGGUGUAUUGCAGCUGCCUUUAGCAUCACAAACACAGCCAGUGUUUCCUUGUUUACAUUCCCGAAGGUGAAGCUUUACUAUGGAACAGAGCGGUCAAGCGAAUAUGGUUCCUGACCACAUGUCAACCGGCAGGUUUCGGUGAGAAAAUUGUGGUAUUAAGUCGGCUCUUACCGUAGUCAUGAGCGGAGCUUGCGUCCUCCUGCAGCUGCGUACUCUCUUACCUCUUCCCACCGGAGACACUGGCGGUCACCACACCCGUGGCCACACCCCUCCGACUUUCAGGUACCAUAUAAUCUCACUAAAACACUAGUAACACAAUAAGCAGAUAAGGGAUUAUCCAGAAUUAUCCUAGUAAAUGUGUCUAAUUACAUCUGAAUCGCUCCCACUGCCCUCGCCUUUUUUUUUUCCACUCUCACUAUGCUCAUCCACGAAUCUUUCAUCGCUCAAAUUAAUGGGGAAAUCGUCACUUUCUCGGUCCGAAUCGCUCUCGCUGCUGGUGGCCAUGAUUGUAAACAAUGUGAGGAGCCCUCACACUGGUGACAUCACGCGCACAUCGUCUGCUACUUCCGGUACAGGCAAGGCUUUUUUUAUUAGCGACCAAAAGUUGCGAACUUUAUCGUCGAUGUUCUCUACUAAAUCCUUUCAGCAAAAAUAUGGCAAUAUCACGAAAUGAUUAAGUAUGACACAUAGAAUGUACCUGCUAUCCCCGUUUGAACAAGAAAAUCUCAUUUCAGUAGGCCUUUAACGGCUUUUAUAUUAUUAAUGUGAAUUAUAUGUGUUCUUAUUCAUAAAAAUGUCAAAAUCUCCCCAAUAACGUUGAUGUUAUAUGGUGCUGCUUAUGCAUCAUAAAAACUAAAAUAGAGCAAAACAUCCAUCCAUUUACCACCACUUGUCCCGUCGAUUGAGACAAGUCUGGGGAGGUUGUGACAAGGUGUCAGGACUUCACUCAUUUCUUUUUCGGUUCUUGAAAUGUGAUCAUUCAGCAAAAUAAAUAAAUAAAUGAUAAA